AUGGCUGCUGACCUCCAUGGGUCAAGCGCAUGGUAUCCGUGGGUAUCGUCGUCAUACUUCAUCGCCCAAACUGUCGUUCAGCCCCUUUUCCCGAAGCUGGUGGGUUUGUUCGGAAUCAAGGCAACUCUGCUAUUUUCUGUCCUGCAGUUUGCGCUGUUUUCUGGCCUGUGCGGUGGCGCGCAUAACAUGACAAGUUUGGUGAUCUAUAGAGCAUUUCAAGGAGCAGCCGCCGGGGGUAUUGUCACAAACGUGUGGACCGUGAUGACCCGCCUUGUCUACGAAGAUCAAAAGCCACAAUGCACAUUUUUCCAGAGCGGUACAUGGAUCUUCGCAGCAGCCGCCGCGCCGGCAAUAGGGGGCGCAUUCAGCACAGUUUGGAUCAAUAUUCCCAUCGCCGGCGUUGCCGUGAUCUUGGGAUCUCUCAUUCUAUACAAAGUUCCCCUAGAUGACGAUGAUGAAAAGGUGAAGAAAGGCCGUGGAAUCAAUUCUAUGCUGCGCGAGUUAGAUCUUCUUGGACUCACUCUCCUGACAUGUGGAACAAUUCUUUUCCUUCUGGGUCUCACGUUUGCGCCUUUGUAUGGCUGGGAAAGUCUGACAACUCUUCCCGUGUUCUUGGGUGGUUUCGCGACGCUACUUAUUGCACUAUUGUACGAAGCGUUUGGUGCUGUAAAUGGUGUCAUUCCGGCCUCAUACUUUAGGGAUCCUACCAUCGUGGUAAUAAUGGUGUUCUCUUUCUUUCAAACUUACGGGUACACAACUGUCACAUAUUUUCUUGUCAUCUAUUACCAAGGAGUCCUGGGCAUGAACGCAAAGGAGGCUGGUGCCCGUGUAUUGGGGUUUUCCGCUGUGGCGGCCGGCUUUUGCGCAGUCGUAGCCAUUUUCCAGAACCGCUUUCAUCAUUCUCUUCUGUACCCAAUCACAUUCGGGCUUGGCGUGUGCUCUAUCGGGAUCGGAUGUUUUGCUACACUGGACUAUCAUUCUUCCGACGCCGUCUCUGUCACUCUGGCGGUGGUGGUUGGGUGUGGUUUCGCAUUCCUCCUCAAGCUCCCCAAUGAUCUCCUGACUCAUACCCUCCAAGACAAGAAACUGACGUAUGGGAACUCUAUGUUCUUCUUCGUUCGCUUUACGGGAUGCUCGGUGGGCAUCACCAUCUCAAAUACAGUCUUUGUCAUGAGAUGGGCAAAGCUCCUACCCCUCAACUCAGCAAUCGACCCCCAUACCGUGGAUUGGGGUGCACUGCACGAGAUCCAGGACAUUCAGCUCCGAGAAUCUGUCCUGGCCGCUCUGGCCGCAUCCCUUUCGACUGUGUGGGUUCUUUGUUCCUCACUACUUGCCUUCUCAGCGAUGCUGUGCAUUGCUGUUAUCGCUAGCGAUCAUGUUAGCCACUUCUUGACCGAUAUUCGUCCGUCCGUCUGCAAUGAAGGAGACAAACAACCUCCAGUAUAA